GGCUAGAUAAAAUAGUUUUCCUCCUUCGCUAACAUAAAUAAUAAAUGCCCCAACAGAGCACCGGGACAAUGGACUCCAUUCCAGGUUUUCUUGUCCACUUCUCCCUCUAGUGUCUACGACGAGUUUUUGGCCAGCGGAGAGCGUAGGUGGAGGGAGAGUGAGCGGGGCUGCUCUGAAUGGAUUGACAUUAGAGGGAUUUACAUUUUAACGGGUGUCGUGCUCCGCAGAGGCUACACGGUGCACGCCGAAAAAAACAGCCGCCGGCCCCUCUCGAUGUGUCCGCUCAUGCUUGUUUGUAUCAUGUCCAUGUGUCAUCGUCGUGAGAGGAUUGAAGUUACCAGCGGUCUAAAUUUGCCGAGGAGGGAAACCAAUACAAGGUCUCGCUGUCUCGCUGGAGCGGAGUAUUAUUAGCAGUUCAGACAGUACAACUGUCUCUGUGGUCAUGCACUGCUACUACACAAUAACAACACCGUCAUAGUUUACAGUUUAAGGCAAAAUAUAUAUGAUUUUUAAAACGAAAACAAGACUGUGUGCUAAGUAAUAGAUAAACAGUCACCUGGCUCCCAUGCCGGCUGCCAGAAAUCCUCCCCUCCACACCCUCAGCCAUGCCUGCUACUACCAAACCCACCAGGAGACAGACACCUGCGCAGAAGCGAAAUGGCCAGAAAGUGAUCAGCACAAAGAGGCAAACCUGUAACUCAAAUAAAUCAAGAGGAAGGGCUGCGGAGAAGCCCCGGAAAACACCUGCAGAACCCAGAAGGGCGACGACCAGGGCGCAGGCGCAGUCGGGACGAAGCCCCCGUGGACGAGGAGUGAGCGGGCCUGCCGGUCAAGGCACCGGGAGGUCCCCUGGCCGACUUAACCAUGCCCUAAAUGUAACGGGAUCUGCGAGGCUUAGGCGGUCGAGCAAUCUGCCCGAGCACUGCGGCGAGUUACAAGACCCCCUAGGGCGGAGGAAGUCCCAGCGGGGCACGCAAGUGUCUGUUUCUCCCCGCCAGCCUCCAAAACCUUGCAGAGGAGGAAAAAACAGCAGGGGGAGCACCGGGAGAAGAGCAACACCCCAGCAUGGAGGCGCAAGAAAACAGCUUCCAGAUACCAGCGUCAACAACUCUGCUCUUGAUGAGGAGAAAACAGAACUGGACACCUGUGAUGGCGAAGAAAUCCUUCCAGUGUGUGUAAAAACUGACGUUGAAGUUUCUCCGCGUAUGAAAGAGCAAAGCCUUGGAGUCAACAAUGCUAAAGAGGGCUGCCCUCCUAAUGUUAAUGACGCACUGGAAGACCGUGUGCAGCGUAACUGUGACAGUCCUACAACCCAACAAGGCGAAAAGACGGCCAGCCAUAAAAGUGAAGGUGACCUCAAGUGUGUCACCGGCUCCCUGCUGUGCGAUGACUUUGAUGAGCAGCCAAAACUCUGCAGUGACAGGAGCAAAGAGCACCCCUCAGAGGCGUCAGAGUUAACAAGCGCUGGCUCAUCGGGGGAGCCGGACAGCCACAAGGGAAAUGACAGUUCACCAAUCUCUGAAAAUCAGCUUGAUCAUCUCGCGAGUGACGGCAAGCAAGAUGAUGUGUGCGCUGCUCAGCAAGAGGAAGGUGACGUGUUGGACUUGAAAGAGAGUAGGGCAGAUGAAAGAGGGGUAGCGGUUGCUGGCGGAGAGGAGGAGAUAAAUGACGAGAGAAGAGAGAGUUUGGAGGCAGAGAGGGAGAAGGAGACUGUCGAGGAGGUUGCUGAGACGCCCGGUAACUGCGAGAAUGAAGACGGAGGAACAAAAGAAAAGGAGAAUGAUGUUUGCAUCAAUCCUACUGACUCCCAAACUAGCACUCCAGCCUGUCAAAGCCCAGACCCACCUCAUCCUAGCGAGGGACUGACAGCUCAGUCAGAAUCAUCUGCACUGGUGCUACUGGUCUCCAACACAGCUACCUCAAAUCCCACCAAAGCCCCCUCCACUUCAGAGUCACUCGACUCAGAGGUUCUGAGCCAGGGUAAGACAGAUAUUCAACCUACCAUUCAUGGUGCUAAACCUCAACUUCCAGGGUGCUCGGGUGUCCCUGAACCACCCCCGAUGGUGACGACUGUUGUCGUGAAGAGAAGUAUGCCAGUUAUCAUUUGUAGGGGGGAAUCAAAUCAGCUGCAACGCCUAAAGAUCCCUCCUCUGCAGGGAGAAAGACACGCUUGCACACCAGCAGACACACAGACCAAAGAUAGUGAAUGCAAUCGAGAGCCAUUGGAGCAAAACAGCCACAGAGAGACUUCAUUGCUGUCUCCAUCACUAGUUACUCAGUCUGGCACGGAGGGCCUCGCUGCUGAACUUAAACCAAACGUCAGCCAGGACUGCGUUCGGGUCGCGGUGCCAGAGCAGGAUUCGGUGCCAAAGAUCUCGACUCCUUCUCUGGACAGUAGCUCCACCUUUUCCUGUAGUUCGGAAAGCACUCGAUCCUCUUUUUCCUUUGACACUGAAUCAGAGACGGGGUAUGGAGAGACCAGCCCUUCUGCUCUGCCCGGAUCCUGGGGGCCAGACGGGGCCAGCUCCCUCUCGUGGACGGCUCCAAAAUCACAGAAGAAGGAGAAGAAGAAGCGGAGCAGGUGUGGGUCGUGUGAGCCAUGCCUCAGGAAGAUCAACUGUGGCCAGUGCAGCUGCUGCUUCAACCGCAGGACCGGCCACCAGAUCUGUAAACUGAGGAAGUGUGUGGAACUGAAAAGGAGAAGGCCUUCAUCGCUGCUGGCUUGCUCUGCUGCACAGGUGGUUCCAGAAAGUGGGUCGGUAAAUGGCAAAGGCAAGGCACAGAUGGAUGACACCCACAUGGCAGCAGAGGAGGACGAGGGGGAGGAAGGCCACAUACCUCAUACACAAUCUCCCCCCAUCACCCACUUAUUCACCCACAACCUGGCCUCAGACCAAGGCGGACGGCCAGCACUUAUUAAGCGAGAGCCUGGGCUGGAGCUGACCAGCAAUGCACUUCAACAACACGUAUGCUCUUCUGAGACUUUUAAGAAUGGUUCGGCGGGCAACCUGACGAAACCUAAUGGUGCUAAUAUGAACAGUGUGUCACACUCUGAUCUGAAGUCUGCUCAUAAAAGGACUACAGUGACAUCGGAGGCUCAGAGGACUAUAAUAGCUGCGAUCCCUAAGGACUGCUCUGAGAACGGACCUAGUACUCCUCCGGAUGACAUGUCUGUUCCGCUGAAGAAGAUCAAAGUGGAGGAGCCGUGGAUGUGGAUCACUGAACAGACCACCACACAGCUGAGUGAUGCAGAUGAGGUGUGCGAAGACCCGCUGUCUACACUGGCGGCGGUUGUGUGUCUUUCUGUCACAGAGAGGAAGGGACUGGAGGAGAAACUUUUCAGCUCGCGCUCUACCAUCCUUCACACCAUCAAAACAGAGCCACCAGAUUUGCACUUUGUCAAAAAAGAGAAAGAGGAUUUAAAGAAUGACUUGUGUCAGAAAAGCACUCCUGUUAACCUGCAAAGGACUCCUCAACCCAUAAAAAGUGAACCUCCUCCAAAUGUCUUGAUACCAAGUGUGCAGUCUUUGGCAGAGAGGAGAAAUCUUAGUUUUGAACAGGCUAUUGCUAUUGAGGCCUUGACUCAACUGGCAGCUAUACCUCAAAGCACCCCAGGGUCCAUUAAAGCUGAAAGUAAGUGUGAACAUCCCAUUUCUACUCAACAUUUCUCAACUUCCAACACAAAUGCAGCCCUGCAAGAAGCUAAGCCUACAGCAGCUAUCCGCUACAACAAAGUAUCGGUAAUCAGCUCACCACUACACCAGACGUCAGUCAUACGCCCCCCUGUGGCCAGACAAGGGAAUGUCAUCCAGCGUUCCCAGGGUUUGAGUUCUAACACCAAACUGUCUCUGCAGGACCUCUUAGAGGCCAGCUCAGACAACGAUAGAGCACCGUUCAGGAGGGCAGAGCAGGGCUAUGGGACUCAUGUCAUCAAGUCAGAAUGCAGCUAUAAAGACACCAGUGACGUGAAGUUCGGUAAGGACCAUGAGCGUUGGUUUGGAGGGGACGCAGACGGGGUUGUUGGUAAAGUGAGGAGAAACAGAGACGAAGAGGAAGUGGCGGCUCAGCUGGCAGACCUGGCCUUCAUCAUCCAGUCCAGACACAACCUGCUGACAGAGAACAACCUUCCCAGAGGAACCCCUGUGUCAGCCAUUAAAUAUAACUACAAAUCCCAGCAGCCCCCCACUCCGAAAAAGGCCCUCCUAAAAAAACCAAAAGCUACGCCUUCCAAGCCAAGGAAGAAGAAAAGUGAUGGAUUACACGAGGGAGUCAACCGUAGGACCCCCCUCUCAAAACGCAUGCCAAACGGAGAGACGCCGCACAAGAGCAGAGGCCAGAAGAUUCUCCCACAGGGAAAGUCUGGACUUCAUCACAAGAAGAACCUUUUCCUGCCUGAGGCUCAAAUCGAUCUGAAGAGAUACUUGGCCGAGGCUGAAGAGGAGAGGAGGCAACUCAUCCAUCACAAUGCAACCCUCUUAGGGCAGCAGACUCAGAACUACAACAAAAGCAUCAACCACACUCCUGGUCAAGAAAACCAGCCAUGGUCCCUUUCCAAUGGUCCACUUCACCAACACAACCCAUGCAACGGCUAUGCUGCAGGACCAGAGGAGUGUGAAAGGCAUUUGUUAUCUCAGGUAUCGCAGCCCUGUGGUGGCCUGCAGCACGGUGCUGAUCCUUACACCAGCCCAGUCAAACCCGCUUUUCUCAGCCAUACCACUGGGCACCAUGGUCUGGCUAACGGUUUCUCCGGGGGUCGUCAGUCCCCUCCUCCAAGCCAACAGGGUUACUACAAGCUGGAAAGGUCAGGACCCGUCACUGUCCUGUCCACGGCUACUGACGGUGCUCAGACCCACUCUGCAGAGUCGACUCCAUCCAAGAACAGCGUCAACAGCUUCCUGGAGUCUCCUAUGAGUUUUCUGGACACCCCGACCAAGAACCUGCUUAAUACGCCUUCCAAAAAACUGGCUGAUCUUCCAUCCUGUCAAUGUGUGGACCAAAUCAUUGAAAAGGAGGAAGGCCCUUACUACACUCACCUCGGGGCAGGACCCAGUGUAACUGCAGUGAGGGAGUUGAUGGAGAACAGGUACGGUGCCAAAGGGAAUGCAGUAAGAGUGGAAGUUGUUGUUUACACUGGGAAAGAAGGCAAGAGCUCCCAGGGGUGUCCAAUAGCUAAAUGGGUGAUCCGGCGCGGCAGUGAAGAGGAGAAGCUGCUGUGUCUGGUCCGCCAGAGACCAGGGCACCACUGUGACACGGCCGUGUUGGUGAUCCUCAUCCUGGCGUGGGAGGGAAUCCCUCGGACGGUGGCCGACCACCUCUACCAGGAGCUCACGGACACCCUCUUUAAAUAUGGCUCCCCGACCAGCCGCCGCUGUGCCCUCAACGAAGACCGCACAUGUGCGUGCCAGGGUUUGGACCCGGACACCUGCGGAGCUUCUUUUUCCUUUGGCUGCUCCUGGAGUAUGUACUUUAAUGGCUGUAAGUUUGCCCGCAGCAAAGUGCCCCGCAAGUUUCGCCUGCUUGGAGACUACCGGGAGGAGGAGGAGAAGAUAGAGAACAACCUGCAAGGUCUCGCCUCUGAACUCGCACCUCUCUACCAACGACUGGCUCCUGAGGCUUUCCAAAACCAGGUGGAGCAUGAGGCAGCAGGGGGGGAUUGCCGGCUGGGCAGGAGGGAAGGACGUCCUUUCUCUGGGGUCACAGCCUGUGUGGAUUUCUGUGCUCAUGCCCACAAGGACACUAGCAACAUGAAUAACGGCAGCACUGUGGUUUGCACUUUAACCAAGGAAGAUAACCGAGCAGUGCGUAACAUACCGGAAGAUGAGCAGCUCCACGUGCUGCCGCUGUACAAGAUCUCUGAAAGGGAUGAGUUCGGCCGGGUUGAGGGACAGUGGGCCAAGAUGCAGAGUGGCGCUCUGCAAGUUCUGUCUUCCUUCCCCCGAGAGGUGCGUCUACUGGCUGAGCCGGUGAAGUCAGCCCGCAAGAUAAGGCAAGAAGCUCGUCUGAAGGCUCAAGCCGAGAAGCUGGAGAAAAAGAUGGGGCUGACUCCUCUCACUCCGGGGAAAGUGAAAGCUGAAACCCCCAACAAAGAGCCACAGGGCUUCUACGGCUCUUACAGGCUACCGCCCAGACCUGCCAGUGUUGGAAGGUACCUGCCGGAGAGCAACCAAGCUAGCACUUACAGACAGAGCACCAGCAGCUACCCCAGCCCGGGCCCAGGCAUCAUCCCGCAGAUGGAGGUCCUCUCCCCCGGUCACCACGGCCUCCAGUUUGGACAGAACGGCUCAGCUCUUAGUUAUAGGAGCGACAUCAUGAAUGGCUACCCCCCAGCUCCUGGCGACCAGAGCGCUCCGUCAGAACGUAUACCUCCAGAUAACACCUUCACUGAUUACCCCAGUCCUUUCAAAGCUGAGCCCAGUGAGGUGCACUGUUCUCCUCUGAGCAGACUCUCCUCUAGCGGGAGUGCUCCUCCUCCUCCUCCUUCCUCCUUCUCCCCCAGACCUACCUCCGAGGGCCUCUUCAGCAGGCUCAAUGGACUCCACGGGGCCGCAGGAGACGUCGCGGGAGAGGUCAGAGGUCACGAUCUCCCUUUGCUCACAGCUCUCCACCACCCCGCGCAGACUGCCCCUCCUGAACCAGAGGAAGUCAAACAGGAAGAGGUGUGGUCAGACAGCGAGCACAACUUCCUGGACCACGACAUAGGUGGCGUCGCCGUGGCACCGUCGCACGGCUCCAUCCUGAUCGAGUGCGCGCGUCGGGAGCUCCACGCCACCACCCCCAUCCUCAGGCCGAAUCGCAGCCACCCCACCCGCAUCUCUCUGGUCUUCUACCAGCACAAGUCCCUGAACGAGCCCGGCCACGGGAUGGCCAUGUGGGACGCCAAAAUGGCCAAGCGGGAACGGGAUCGGGAGGAGGAGGCCGAGAGACUGAGGAUGGAGGACGCCCUGGGCAAAGGUGUGGGCGGCGGCCCUGGCGGCGGAGGGGCGGAGGGAGAGGGGGAAACGGGCGAGGAGGCCGAGGGGACACGGAGGUUAAUGAAUGUCCCCACGCGUCAGGCGUGUACUCUCCCGAGGGACGGCGUCAUCACCGCGUCCCCGUACGCCCUGACCCAAGUGACAGGACCUUACAAUCGCUGGACUUAGUCGACAUGUUUUACACACAAACACACACAAACACACACAGAAAACUCCCACACCCUGUGCUUCUGCCUUACCUCAAGCAACUUCAAACUGCUACUCUCAUUUUUAUGUCAUUUUCAUUGUGCUUUUUCUAAUAUCUGUUCACUUUGUCCGUCCUCGUCCCUGCCUUCGAAGAGACGGGGAAGGACAAAGUGCGUCGGCUUUUUAACUGUGAGUCUCGGUGUCGGUUUUUAUUGUAAAGAGAAGGUGCUUUGAAGCAUUUUAAGACGUUUUUAAACUGGUUUUAUAUACAGGAUUAAGAACAAAAAAAAAAAAAGAUGUGAUUAUUUAUUCUGAUCAUAACGAUUUCUAUUUAAUUUCCGGUGUUACGCCUGUUUACUGCAAGAUUUCUACGAUAUCCUGCAUUAUGUGUUGACGCUCAGAGUUUAUUUUAGGACUUUACUUUGUAUUUCAGCCAGUAGUUCUCUUUUCACGAGGCGAACCUCGAUGGCUUUUACAUCAGUGCCAUUCUCACUGUAUUCUCUCUUAAGCAGACAUCACAUAAUGUAGGAAACAAGACUAAUAGUGUGCAUAUAUUAACUACAUAUUGUCACAUGUAGCAUUGUGCUUUUCCUUCUGCUGCCUCUGUCGGCGGCAGCUGAGGAAAGAAAUUGACUUCUUUUGGUUUGUCGUUUUGUUUAUUUUCUCUACAUUUGGAUGGUUUGUCUUUUAUUCACAGAUAUGUAUGGCAUAUUAAGAAGCACUUUUUUUAUUUUCCUAAACUUAACUUGAAAACGGUCCCAGUCCAUAAGCCUAAAUAUGUUUGUACAGACAGAGAUAUAUAUAUGACAGUUUAGCACGAACCCCGCUUUUCUUUUUACAGUAUUUCUGCGUUCCCGUUCUUUUGAUUGCUAAUGGAUGUGCAUAUAUGAAAUUAGUGUAAUGAGGAAUCAUGAAAUGCAGCACCGGUUAAGUGCUUAUCAAUAUUGACACUUAUUUUCAGUUUCUGGAAAAGGAAUACAAAAGUCUCUCAUGGGGAACAAGGAAUGAUCAUAGGAAUUAAAAAGCUUACUGUGCGUUUUAAUGGUGCUAAUAAGAUCGUUUUUUUUUUUUUUUUUACUUUUUUUUUAAACAAAAAAAGAAACCACCGAGUGUCAGAUAUGUCCGCCGAAUAUUACCAGCACACACCCUGGAUUUGAAUACAAAACUGUGUUCGACACUGCUGAAUAACGGAACUGUAUCUUCUGAUACCUCCUCUAUGCUCUUAACGUAAAACCACUUAAAACAUCAGCUCCCACUCAGACGAUUUGCCUAAGGUGAUUUUCAGGUGCUCGACUUUGUUUACAGGGUCCGAAUUAAGGGGCUGGCGUCAGCUCCUAGUGAAUAAUCAGGAUUUUAACCCAUGAAAGAGAAGCUCUUCAUUUUUAGCACAACCAACAGAGACCUUUCACUGAUAUUCACACUAACACUGACGGUGUACGUAACAUUUCCUUUGGUGCUAACAGAGAACAUGUCAAGGUACAUGCAUUGACUUAACCUGGUUGUACACUUAUAUAACGGCGAUGGCAUGGUGCUUAUGUUUUUCUUUUUCCUUUAUUUUUUUUUUAUAUAUAAACUCAGCACUCACUGAUGAGAUGUAUGAUUCAAACACAAAGGUAGUUUUUGUCAUUUCUCCGGCUCAUUAUUACAAAACGAGAUGCAUUAAUUGUGAUGUUUGUCGAGUACAAAGCACGUUAUUGUGCAGAUGUCCACCUAGAGCUCAGAUGUCUUCCACAGAUAACCCAGCUUUCAAAAAUCACAAACAAAAAGAAAUGAAUGUAAACUGUUUUUUAAAUACUCAAAUUACAAGUCGUCGAUGUUGCUUUUUUUGAUUUACUGCGGGCGACGUUCUCAGUCCUCACUGAACAUUUUUGUACCAACAAGGAGUUAACGAGCACCAGCAUUCAAAAAAAAACAAAAAAAAAAACUUUUGUUAGUAGAAAAUGUGUAAAUAUGUAUGUGAACCACAUUGUUUUUACUGUAUUGUUAAUGGUGUUUAGACAAUGGGUGAUCUUGCUUAUUUUGAAACUGAAUUACUGUACGUUGCUGAAAGUAUAUCCAGUUUAGACUUGAGAAGAGACUAAAUUUAGCAUUCCUUUUAUGGAUGGCUGAUCUCUUUUGGGAUUGUGAAAUAAAGUCAUAUUUAUAUUUUGGACCUGA